UUACAUAUAUUUUACGGUCCCUUGAAAUGUCAUUGCCUCGCAUUUCGCUUCUAACUUGCAAAAAAACCAUUUCGUCUUGGAAUUUGAUUUUCAGCUUCAAUUGCAAUCACUUAUCACGUUUGCAUUUCUCGUUUCUCAAUACGUCGCAGCCUUUUCUGAAAUCUGUUUGGCUUAGAUGCCCUCAAAUGAGAUCCUUGUGGCAAUCAGCAAGUUCCUUUUCCAAUAAUCUCAAAACCUGUCCGUGCUCAAGAGACACGAAUUUCGUCAAGAAGCCUCCUAGAUCGACGUUGUCCCCGAAAUGUAGGACAAGACUCUCUGGCUCUUUAAGUCGCCAAAAUCUAGCAUGCACAAGCUCAGCUUUUUCAACAAAACUGGUCUCUCGAAUGUACUCGACAAAGAGCAAUCCAUAUUGGGCUUGGGCGGAAUCGUAUCGCAAUUAUUCUUUUUCGAAACCAAAGCUAAUACAAUUCGUUAUUGGAACAAACGUGCUCAUAUGGGUCGCAUGGAAUACAAUUGGGUAUACUUACGAUGGAUUUUUGAAAAUGACAGAAAACUGGACAGUUUCUUGGACUAACACUCCUUCGCACCCUUGGACGUUAAUUACGAGUAGUUUUUCCCAUUCGCAUUUUUUCCAUCUUCUAUUUAACAUGGUAGCCAUUGUGUCUCUUAGUGAAUCGCUAUUGCAUAUCGUCAGCGAAAGGCAACUCUUGGGCGUGUAUCUUCUCAGCGCGCUCGCGUCAUCUAUAUCUCAUCUCACAUACACAUACCCUCUGGCGAAAAGAACGAUUUUUCGGACGGCAGAGAACGACUGGGAUGGAGACAACCGCGAUUGGGAAUAUAGCAAAGUAGUCACCAUACAUAACCCAUACGCUGACCCCUCCGCAUCCCUUCCUAGAGAGGUAAAGAUAGCACCUGCACUUGGAGCAUCAGGAAUUGGCUAUUCGUUAUUGGGAAUGAUAUGUGUUUUAUGGCCAAGGUCUCGGUUGUCUUUUUUUUUAACGACAUCAGCUUCUAAAUUUGUCCUAGUUCUCGCUGGAUUUGAUCUAGCCAAUUUACUGCUUAAUCCAAACUCACACUUAGGACAUGCUGCGCACUUGGGUGGGCUGGCAACGGGAAUAGCAGCGGCCCUCGUGUUGAGAAAGAAAGCAGCCAACAUACCUCUGUUAUAAAUCGUGUUCCCUAAAAGUACCGCAGACAGUCUUAGAUAAGUCGAAAAGCCUGAAACCAGCAAGCUAUAACAAGACAGGUUGUAAACAAAUAAAGAAUGCACAUAUUGACGUGGACAAAUCAGCGUUUAAUAAUAAAAGUGUGCACAUGCAUAAUUGUUUACUGUGACGUACUUUAGAGAGCAAGGUAUCAAAUGAAUACUGCAAUAAUCACUUAAACUGGAGCGACGUAAAUUCUGUUUGUUUCCGUCAACGGUAGAUCUAAAUACCAAAUCCAAUUA